GGACUGAAACGAACAACUGCACCACCACUAUCACCGGAUAUACCCUCGUCCAGGUUGCUGCUGCCUUCGCUCUUCUUCUUCGAUUGCUUUUUUGCGCUGUUCCAAUUAACCCAGCCCCGCAUGCAAUCGCCGUUUCCCGUGCCACCUUUUUGGGCGUGAGCCUGAUACUGGAUUGACUUUAUCCAGAUCCGCUCGGUGCAUGAGGGGAAAAAGCUAAAGCUUGCCGUCAUGGCUCGGCUAUGCGUGAGGGGGCGUGGACAAAACACUACAUCUGACUAUCCACAAUCCGCGGAGUGGAGCGUGGGCUGGUUCCCUCGGCGUGCUUGCUUGCUUGCUUUGACUGCUGUCUGAUGUCUGCUGUCCGUCUGUCUGCGCGCGGAUGGGCAUCGAUCGAUCAGGGCGAAAAGCCCGCUUCCGUGGCCGGCCGUGUAGCCCGUGGCCUCUUUGGGUCUGUUGGCCGAGACCAAAAAAGUUAUAAAGACCAGGUCCGGAGCCGGAUUCUUGUUUCACAAUCAGACCUCAAUUCAUCAAGCAAGGAUACCUUCCAAAGCAAGCAACUCAGCCAGCCAACAAGCAAGACAAAAGCGAAGCCGCAAUCAUCAUCCAGCAAAGACACCUUCCUAUUCAUUUUGAGUUCAUUCCAUUAUGAAACCAUCUACUCUUUACUCUUCUCUACCUUGGGUCAUCACGUCCCUCCUCACGGUAGCUGUUCAUGGCGCUCCUACAGGGACAAAGUCCAACCCUCCCCUACGAGGCUCCGAGAACUUGCUGGGUUACUCGGCCUCCAACACCGUAACGGACCAGUCCACCGACGAGAUCCCUUAUGUGCCGGUGCCAGGACAGACCGAUGCCGCUGACCUCGGCGUAUACCUGGACUUUGAAGAUAUCGAGAACCCGCAACCGGUCCGCGGAAGCACGGGAGGAACUGACCCUGGACCUCGUAUGUAGUGUCGAUCCAUGGAACCAGACCAGGCGUUUGGU